AUGCCGAGGGCAGCCACCCCGUGCUACGAGGCCGGGGUGCCCGCGCGCGAGUGGUUGCGGUGCAUCUUCAAGCUGUACGACGUGUCGGCGGAAGGGUUCAUGGACGUGGGAGAGCUCGUGCAGGUCCUCCAGAACGCCACCUUCGUCAGGAUGUCCAAGUCCGAGCUCGAAAAGGUCGCCAGAAACAUGGACUACGAAGGCGACGGCUCAGUCUCCUGGUCGGACUUCGAGAGCAUCAUGGCCGCGAAGCUCCACCUGGUCAACCCGGGGGCGCCCCUGGUCGGCCAAAAGGCGGCGCAGGUCGCGGCGACCUACAACAGGCUGAAGAUGCUCACCUCAGGCGGCCGCGAGCAAGGCGCGUCGUCCAGGCGGGACGGGGGCUUUCGCAGCAGGUCGUCCCUCGAGGAGGGCGACUGCGGGGACGCGGGCCUCGCCGAGGCGGUGCCCGUGCCUCCGAACGAGGGCAGGUCCUUCCAGCCGCCGCAGAUGCCCGAGCCCCCGGCGGGCUUGCCGUCAGCAGAGCCCUUGGAGCGCUGCGCCGGCGCCCGCGGCGGCGCCCUGAAGCGCGUGGGCGCCAGGCCCCCGGAGCUCAAGCCCGCCAUCGCGGCGGCCGCCUGGCUCCAGCACAGAUGAUGGCCCAGAACAUCCAGAACACCAUGGCGAAGAUCUCGAGGCCACGGCCUGCGGCCCCGCGGCGGAGGUAGCCGCGGCCGCCCCAGCCGCACCCGAGGGCCCCGCGGCCACCCCGCGGCCUCGGGCGCGCGCCCGCGCGGGGCAGGCCCGGGGCCGCGCC